AUGCCAAGUUUACUUUGCAGGCCAAUCAAGGAAGAAAGGAUGGAUCUUGACUACCUAUGUGAUAGGGAGUUGGUUCAAGAGAGCUAUGAUCAAGAUGAUGAGAAUGUCAUUAACUUUGGGGUUCAAACCAAAGGAGAUGAUCACCUCAUGGAAAUAAGUGCUCAAGAGUAUCAAGAGAGUUUGACUCUAGGAUUUAACCAAGAGGGUUUUCAUCUUAUCUUGGAUCUUUUGAUCUUGCAGAAACCGUUCUUUUUCAAAGCCUUGAUCGAUGCAACCUUUCGUAAAACUGUUAAAUUCUAUAGAGAAGAACAAUUGUCUACGAGAAAUUGCAUGACACCGAUCCCUCCUGAGUUAUGGAAAAAAUGCGAGAAAAUGAAUGAUAAAGCAGCCAGUUUUGAAGCCACCCCUUUCUAUGGUGAUGAUGCUAUGUGGCGUGUUGUUACUGCUACACGCCUAAGUGGCAGGGGUGGGUCUCUGCAUACGGUAUGGGCCUCAGCGUUUCGGUGGCAACCAUAUGCACAUGUCCUCCAUAGACUCCCUGAUUUCUGUACACAAGGCCAAGCCAUUUGGACGACUAGGUGUUGGAAGUUCUGUUGGGCUAUUAGGGAACCCCACGAGUCGGGUAGAGUCGUAAGACAAUUUGGAUACAUACAGGAUGUUCCCAAGCGCCCCAUGAUUAAAGAUAACACAGCAUUCCUUCUCGAUCACGCCCACAGUAUGUCUGGGUAUCCUAGAAAUAAUUGGGAGGAUCACCAUUCCGCAGUACGCCGUCAUUGGAAUAGGAGAGAAGAGUUCGUGCUACGAGAUUUGGAGGAAGGAGAUCCUGGUUCCGUAUAUGAGGGGUACUAUGAAUGGUUCAUGGUGAACAACUGUCGAUCGAUAUCCAAUCCGGGUGAAGUAUUGAACAACAUUCGCGUGAGUACCGAGAGGUUUAGAGAAAAACGAGAAGAUGAUAAUCUCCUAGACGAAGAACUUGACAAGCAUUUGGACGAUAUCAUCAAUCAAACACAUGCUGCUUUAACCUUGGGCGCAAAUGAUGAGAUGGAGGAGGAUGAUACCCAAAUCCUGGUUGAUGAAGAUCCAUUUUUGCCCUCACAACCUCCGCCGGGUAAAAAAGCGAAACCGUGUCCGAGAGAUAAGAUUGGAGGAGGAAGAAAGAGAAAGGUCACAAUCCCCCCUCGGACAUCGCAACAACAAACUGAGGGUCAACAAAAUGAGGAUCAAGCACAUUCCUCUCGAGGCUCGCACAUCCAGGUCGAGACUCAUUUUGAAGAAGCUGGUGGACCCGAGACUCAGUUUGACCUUGGUGGACCUGAGACUCAGUUUGGUGGACAGUCGUAA